UGCAGAGGAGAGCAACAGGCAGUCGUCUCCAGUGAGAGCCUGAGAGCAAUGCUCAGUCCACUGACAACAACUCAACAUCCGGACAGUACGGAAGAGGGAGGUUUCUCAUUCUUCACCCUUCCCUGGGGCAUCAGAAAUCAUCUGCCUUCCUCACAGCUAUGCCUGCACCAAAUACUGAACCAAGGACGAAGUUCAUUCCCUGCAUGUAGUCUGAUUUGCUCAUGGGCACGAUAAGUCCUCUAUGCCUUGCCAUCUUUAACCUGCUGCUGGAUCAAUUCGGAGUUUCAUCGUUCACUCUUUCCUGAAGGUCUUCCAUGCAAGUCUUGUCAACAUGCUGCCUGUUGUUUUCAUGACAUGGUGGGUCGUUGUGUUGCUUGGAACCGUAGGGGGACAGUCUCAAUCUCAGCCUCAGACAGAGGACUCAAACCCCUGGAGACAGAUGAUUCGAUGGGAGAACAAUGGACGUGUGUACAGUCUUCUCAACAGCGGGGCCGAAUACGUCCCGGCUCGGGCUCAGGAGCGUGACAGGAACCAUCGAGUGCUGCUAGCGGACGCCCCCAACCGUAGAUCACAGGGUGGGAAUGUACGGAGACAAGCACCUUCAAGGGCAACCUCGGAGACUGUAAGAGGUCAAGCCAGACACCCGUUUGGAUUCGGCCAAGUGCCUGACAACUGGCGCCAGGGCGCAACUGGGACAGGUGAAACCAGUCGCUUCUCUACCGGCUCUCGUUUUAGACCAUCCUCAGGCUCAUCCUCUUCUUUUUAUCCACAGUAUCCGUUCCCUCAACAGCCACCGUAUCCUCACGACUCUGUUCAGGACAGAUCAUACGAACCUCCCUUCCGUGGAACGGGAUACUCUUCGGGCACUAGUGGCGGAUACGGAGGGGGUGGUUACUCAACUGACGAGAGGUAUCGUUACUAUUCCCCUUACGGUCAAACCUACCAUGCUCCUGCCCAACCUGCGCAGCCACAAAUCUCCGACGGCUUGGAUCACAGAUACACGCAUAGCCUGUUCAACGAGGACUCUCGAGACAGCGGUAAUCCUGCAGUACCUGCCUCUAAUGGUGCUUCGAGCAACACCGGCUCAUCAUUCCAGCCUGCUGUGCAAAGCCCCCAAUAUGAACAAUUUCCACCCUUUGGAAGGCCACAGCCUCCGUUUAUACAACCAGCUCCUCGCAACCCUCUCGUCUCCAACAAUGCAGAGAACCCCAACAUGAAUGCAGGGAGUGUUUAUCGCCCUCAGCAAAGAGGUUUGCCUGACCUGGUUCCUGACCCUAACUAUGUCCAAGCCUCCACAUACGUUCAGAGAGCCCAUAUGUACUCGUUGCGCUGUGCGGCGGAGGAGAAGUGUUUGGCAAGCUCGGCUUACAGUGCCGACGCCACAGACUAUAGUGUCAGGGUUCUUCUGCGCUUCCCCCAGCGAGUGAAGAACCAAGGGACGGCUGACUUCAUGCCCAACAGACCUCGCCACACCUGGGAGUGGCACAGCUGUCACCAGCAUUACCACAGUAUGGAUGAGUUCAGUCACUACGACCUGUUGGAGGCGAGCUCUGGCCGGAAGGUGGCCGAGGGACACAAGGCCAGUUUCUGUCUGGAGGACACGACCUGUGACUUCGGCCAUCUGAAACGUUUCGCUUGUACUUCACACACACAGGGUUUGAGUCCAGGCUGCUACGACACAUACAAUGCAGACAUUGAUUGCCAAUGGAUUGACAUCACUGAUGUUCAGCCAGGAAACUAUAUACUGAAGCUCCAGGUUAACCCCAAAUACUUGGUGCUUGAGUCAGACUUCACCAACAAUGUUGUCCGGUGCAAUAUCCAAUACACGGGCCGCUUCGUCAAAACAACAAACUGCAAAAUCUCCCAGUCGUGAUCUGUCAGAUCUGCAGGAGUCUCCAUGAAAGCGCUGAUCCAUUGCCAUGUGAAUGGUGUCGCUGUGAUUGUUUAUUGUAUUUGUCUUGGCUCUCGUGAACCUGGAUUCAGCUCACGGCGAGAGGAACGAGCACACACACACACACACACACACACGUCUGUUUUCUUUCCAGACACCCCAUUAUCCAUGGCUUUUCAUAAAAAACACACACACACUCGCUGCCCCCCAAUUAAGUCUAAUUCCUUCACCGUUUUAAAGUGUGUUACAAUGCUGCAAUGCAAAGUGAGAUUAUUGAACUGCAAUUCCGUAAUUUAGAUCAGGAAAACCAGCAACUGGAAACAAUCCUUCUAUAUCCCAAGCCUCUCUCUCUUUGUCUGUGCCACUUUAGCGAAGGUGCAAUCCUGAAACGGUGUGUGAGAGAGAUCGCCGGCCUGUCAGUCCUCCUCCAGCUAACCAAUUAAGUGGUUUUAGUUUGAAUGAAGGCUCUGAAAAAGAAAAAAUAAAUGGCUUUGGGAUUAAAACCCUUUGAGUAAAAGCCUUGAAUGCAAAAGCUGGAAGCAGUUAUCAAGCUGUUUAUCAUAGUCUUUUACUUUACAAGCUAAUUUAAUGUAAAUUGCAGCAGGUUAUGUUGCCUUGUAUGUCGUAUGAUGCAAACUAUGCUAGAGUCCCGCUACAAGAACAAUGAAGCUGUGCAUGUGGGGAUAAAUUAUGUUUAGUGAUCAAAUGAAUAUUCCUGGUUCAAUACAAGAAUUAACAGCAUAAUGUUGACAUUUCUAAAUCCGGGUUACGGUGAGGCGCUUACAGUGGAAGUAAAUGGGACAAGACCUUCCCGGCUUCAUAGGUUGUAGAAUGAUUUUUAUGUGAUGUUUUUUGCGUCGAAAAUCGAAAGGAUCGACGUUCACACUCGCUCCUGAUGCUUAUACAGUGCAGAAAAGAUCCCUCCAGUAUUGUAAUGUGAAUGAGUCAUGCAAAGAAAAGAGAUUCUCACAGAGCCAGAUCGAUAUUGUCAAUAGUCUCACAUUUCUAAUCAUAACAAAGUGAUUUUAUCGGUGAAUCUCAGAUCUGAUGCAAACGCAUCAUUCUCAGUUGUUUUCUGUUUAGUCUGUUAUUAACCCUUGUGCUGCAUUAGAUUUUUAACACCGUUGAGUGCAUUAAGGACCAAAAAUUGCCACAUAUUAAAC